GUGCAUGGCGCAGGGGGAAGUGCCCACAUGCUCUUCCUCUUGAUCACCAGACAAGGAUGUCCAUGCAGUCCUAGUACUAGUACUACCUAGUAGGCUAGAGCAGAGUCCUGAUCGAGAGAGUUGACAAAGCCAGUUCAGGAUUUCGCACUUGGCCAUCAAGCCGAAUGUGAGGGUUCGAGAGCCUGUUGUGAAAGGGUGCUGAUGACCAAUGCUAUGGCAGCGGGCCUGCUGCGUCAGAGCCAUGGCCAUUGCGGGUUUGCAAGGCAAUCAAGCAGUUUCCAGGAGCACCCACAAGUCUCGUUUGGAAGUUGCGAAAGCAUUGGUGGAGAAGCUGCAAUGCUAUUGAAGGAGAGCCAUACCAAGUUGCCCGUAACAUCGGUCAGAAGCAUGGUGCUCCACCAGAUGGGAAAGAAUACGACAUUUGGUCACAUUGGCGCCUGUGCUGGUUUGAAGAAGACGGAUCUGUCUGAGUUGCCAGCAGCUGUGUCUUCAAGUGGUGGUGCUUGCCGCUUCGGUUCACAGAAAGCCAGGUUUGGUGGCAGUUCGUAUAGGUUGGUUCGAUGGGUGUGUGCCAGCACUGGGGGCACAGAUGCAGUAGAAGUUGGGGAUCAGUGCUCGGACGGGCAGUCUGUUGAAUUGGACGGACAACCCCAGCGCUUCGUGUUGCACGACCUGAUGCACAACGAUGGGGUCAGUGUUGAAUACUCCAAGGCAGCAAGGGCCAACUUUGCGGUUGAAGCAGCCCGUGCUAUCACAAACGACCCCACAUUAGACCUUGCCCGAGCGGCGCUUGAGAUUGCGGCGGAGGACGACGCGUUGGUCUCACAUUCUGUGGUCCCGCUGCCCGUGGAGUCGUAUCUGUCGCGUUUGGACGUGAUGGCUGCCGAGGUCGCCAAUCACCAUCUGCCCACAAGCGCGGAGGAACGAACACCGCGGGCUGUCUUUGACGCUCUUAACAAGUAUUUGUUUGUAUACCAGGGGUUCAAGCGAGCUCAGAUGAGGACCAGGGAUGAUCCGAGGGAGUCCUACUUGAAUGGGGUCCUUACACGACGAGUUGGUACUUCGAUGAUGCUGGCCCUCAUCUACAGCGACAUUGCCCAGCGGCUCUUGCGGUGGGGGUUCAUCGACUUCCAAGUCCAGAUGCAGCUGCCCUCAGACCCCAUCACUCUCCCGCAGCCGCAGGCCGUCCGGGAUGACGGUGCUGAAGGCGCUUCCCCCAACGAGGACAACGAGUUCGACUUGGACCCCGACUUGGUAUUGCGGGGAGAGGCCGUGAUGCUGACGCCCGUGCUGCUCUUGGCCGAGGUGCUGACUGCUCUCAAGCGUGCCUACUGGCCCUGGCGAUGGCACCGCACCAACAGUACGGGAAGUGGGUUUCUCGAAGCUGCAGAGGCGGCAGCGCGGGGGGGCGAAGGAGCGCAGCUGGGGGCGGGCCUUCUGGAUAACUCGGAAGCGGGUCGGGGAUCGGGUGCAGAAAUAGCAGCGGCACGGUCGGCCAAGUACCGGCUGAAGCGCGGGAUCUGGACGUCGGUGGGGGCGGGCGACCUGCGGCGCGCGCUGGCUGCGUCGGAGCGGCUGUGCCUGCUGGGGCUGGACAACAAGGACCUGCGCGACUACGGGGUGCUGCUCUUCCACUGCGGCCAGUACAAGCAGGCCUACCACUUCCUCGAAACGUACCAAGCUCGGGAGGGCACGGCGGGCGUGCCUUCUUUGUUCAAUCCUUUGGCAGCCCGUGAAGGGGCUGCGUUGCGGGCUUUGAUGGAGCGGCUGACGCUCAUCUUGGCCGAAAGGGCCUGGUAUGCCCCCGCAGCACCAGAGCCCAAGGAGCCGCCGGCAGACCCAUGGUGAUACAUGGGUGCUAAGCCGUUUGUUAGGUGAUUCAUAGGUGUCAGCAAAGCUCUGGACGCUGGUCUCGUCGGCAAGUCCUGUACAAAUGCAUCAGCCCGUAUGGCUGUACUCAGAAGUGUUGCUCACCUGUGACAAUCCGUGAAAGCUUGGUUCACUCAC